AUGGGUGAUGAAGAAUGUAAAGUAACGAAAACUAACGAACAGCAGAUAAGACUGACGGACGCACAGCACUUUACACAGGAAGAGAUAAUCUCUGAACUCAGGAAGAGAGGCCACGAGGUGAACCCGACGGAGAAACGCGACGACUUGCGAAAAAAGUUAGUGACUUUAGUUCGCCGAGAGAUAGAAGAGCGUAAGUGCGCUGAAGAAAUAGAAGAGCGCGAGCGCGCUGAAGAAAUAGAAGAGCGCGAGCGCGCUGAAGAAAUAGAAGAGCGCGAGCGCGCUGAAGAAUCUCAGCAGGACAGUCAAGAACACAGCAGCAUCAUGACCGACAAUGCCCAUUUAACGUUCCACCUAAAAACAGACGAUUGGGAAGCGUUCGUCGAACGAAUGGAGCUGCAUCUAGUGGUAAAGAAAAUCACGGAAGACAACAUGAAAGUGGCCAUACUACUUACACAUUUCGAUGAGGAAGCGUACAUAUUAGUGCGCAACUUAUGCGCACCUGCUAAACCAAGUACGAAAUCAUUUGACGAUAUAGUAAAGCUAAUGUCGGAUCACAUAAAUCCGAAACCGUCGAUAGUGAUGGAGCGCUGCACCUUUAAUAGUACAAAGCAAGACGCUAACGAGUCAAUUUCCGAUUUCGCAGCACGUCUAAGAAAACUAGCACUACACUGUGAUUUCACAGACUUGGCUACAGCAUUACGCGAUCAAUUCGUGUGCGGUCUGUACAACGAAACAGCAAGAAUCGAGCUGUUCAAGCUAUCUGAUCUAACAUUUGAUAAAGCACUGACAACAGCAACUGCUCACGAAAACGCAAUGAAGAACGCAGCAGGCGCAGUAAAGACCCUAAGCUGCAAAAACCAAAAACAAGAAAUGUUCGCUAUAAGUAGGGAGACAAACCGUCGGAGUCAUCAAUCAACUGAGCAACAAAGAAACAAGAGAAUGAAUGAUAAAAGGUGUUACUGUUGCGGCGAUUUAGGACAUUUCGCCGGCGCAUGCACACACCGUGAUAAAACGUGCAACUUCUGUAAAAAAAGGGGCCACUUGGAACGCGCCUGCUUUAAGAAGAAACGAGCAGGAAACAAAUAUUUACAACCAGAAGACGACAUUACACCGGGUAGUGCUACCUCCGACGGCGACCAUUAUGACGAUUUCUUUUCUCUACGAGCGAAGGACAACAAUAUUGACUGUAAGUUAGUGGUAAAUAACAUUAAAGCGGAUCCUAUGUUCGUUGAUGUACACUUGAACGGAAAAAAAAUAUUAAUGGAAAUUGAUUCCGGUACGUACUAUACAGUGGUAUCUGAAAGGCUUAAGGCUAAACAUUUGCAAAAUUGGAAAAUUGAUAAGUGCAACACAAAUUUGUACGGUUAUGAGCACAAUGAAAUGCAACCUAUCGGUCAACUUAAGAACCUAAAAGUUAACUUUAACAAUCAAUUAAAAAAUCUCAACUGUCUAGUGCUAAAAGGUGACGGACCGCCAUCAAUAGGCAGGCAAUGGCUGGCCGAAUUCAACCUCUGGCCUUUAAAGCUUUCAGAUACCAUUUCACCAAGCGAUACUAAGCAACAAAUAUUAAAGUUAAACGUAAACAAUGUGCAAAACAAUUUGCUAUUGGAAUUUCCACAAUUGUUCGGAAAUACGCCGGGAUUAUAUAAUAAGCGCGCAAUCAAAUUACAUUUAAAAAACAAUGCGAAACCGAUCGCGCUUGGGGCCAGGCACGUGCCUUACGCACUUCGAGUCAAAGUAGAAAAUGAAAUCGCGAGGCUAAUAACUUUAGGCCACCUUAAAAAAGUGGAGGCGAGCGAAUGGGCUACACCUAUAGUGCCGGUAAUUAAAAAGGACGGCACUGUACGAAUAUGCGGUGAUUUCAAAUUAACUGUUAACCCGAACUUGGAUGUGACCAAACGCCCGUUUCCACUCAUCGAUGAUAUUUUUCAAAUCCUGCAAAGGGGAUUAUUGUAUUCGCAACUUGAUUUGAAACACGGCUACAUGCAAAUUCCAAUUGACGAGAAAUCGCAAGAAUUACUAACAAUAACGACACACAUCGGAUUGUUUCGGUACACGAAAAUGACGGAAGGUACAGCGCCGGCCCCAGGCGAGUUCCAACAAAUCAUGAACGAAUGCUUACAGGGCAUUCCACAUACAGUCGCGUAUCUCGAUAAUAUUUAUGUUACGGGCGAGACUCAUGAAGAACACCUUGAAAAUCUACGUAAAGUAUGUAAAAGACUAGAAGAAAACGGCUUAAGAGUUAACAGAGACAAAUGUGAUUUCAUGAAAGAGCAAAUCGAAGUGUUAGGCUUAGUAAUUGACGCAAAAGGGCUGCACAAAUCUAAAUCAAAGAUUGAGGCAAUGUGGAAAGCGCCAAGGCCAAGCAAUAGUAAACAACUUUUAUCGUUUCUCGGUUUAAUUAACUUCUAUGAAAGAUUUUUGUGCAAUAGAUCGGAAAAGCUCAAACCGCUGUUCGAUUGCGUCCGAAACAUGUUGGCUUUCCGGUACUGGUGGCGCCUAUUGGCGUCCGAAACAUGUUGGCUUCCCGGUACUGUUGGCGCCUAUUGGCGUCCGAAACAUAUUGGCUUCCCGGUACUGUAG